ACGCUAUUUCCGUUGACCUGCAAUGAUCAUGUUGAACCUUUUCACACGGUGUGGUUUGUAGUCAUGGCUGGUGUUGACCACGCCUACCAGUAUUCAGUCGAGGUGAAGAGCAGGUUCUCACUAUUUCUGGAUGAUACCUUGAAUAGUGAGGACCCGGAUAUCCUGCUAUCCAAAAUACAAACCAAACGAGCAGAGAAAACUAAGAAGGAGAAGUCUCAUGCUCAGCCGCAGCAACAACAGCAGACUACACCUGCCAAGGUUGAAACGGUAGUCAAGAACGAGGCGAGAGCUGAUACAACAGUCCCGAAAGCUGCCCCUCGACCUCCAAAGUCUCCAAGUGCCACAGAUCUACCACCGGUGUCAUCAGAGGAUGCACAGAACUUCGCAGUGAAGGAGACAGAGGAACCGACCAGUACUUUCGUUCGUGGCCGCGGAUCAGGCAGAGGAGCGUUGCGCGGGAUGCGUGGAGGCAGAGGUCAGGGUCCACGGAUGGCUCCAACGGAGUCACCCCUUGACUUGGCAGGCGAUGUGAAUGCGCCCAGAGGGUCUGGUUUCGAAUCAAGAGGACGUGGAAGAGGCCGAGGAAGGGGAACGUUUGGUCGCGGACGUGGUAUGCCGUUCAACUCAAAUCGGGAUUUUGACCAUCAGAGUGGUCCUGAUCGCCAAGGUCCGAGACAAUAUGGUAGGAGAGAUGGAAACUGGAACCCACAGGAUGUGGAUGCUCAGGCAGCACCCGAGAGUGGUGAUACAGAACAAGUUGUACGCUGGGAAGAGAACCAUACUGAGGCAGACGAACAGUUGGUUAGUGCCCCAGAGGAGACUGAAGAGACGACGGACGGCGUUGUGGAAACACCUGUUGAAGAGGAACCUAAAAGCUACACGCUGGAAGAGUACAAGGCUAUGCGUCAGUCUGCUAAACCGGCGGUUAUCAUAAACAACAAGAAUCUCCGCAAGGCCAAUGAUGGCAAAGAUGUGUUUGCAAACAUGGUGGCUCACAGGAAAGUACAGGAGGUUCAUGAAGAUGGUGAUGAGGUCGAAGAGAAGGAGAACGAGCCUGAGGUAUGUUCCGUUUUGAUGUACUUAAACUGGAUUUGCUCUAGGCACAACAGCCGAUAGAUAUUGACUUCUCGUUCACAGACGAGUUUGGAGGUCGUAGAAGAGGCGGUCGAGGAUUUGAGAAUAGAGGGUUUGAUCGCGGACGUGGUGGCGCACGAGGUGCAAGGCCGAGAGGCGAGCGUGGAGGUCGGGGAAGAGGUCAGCUAAGAGGCGAAGGACGAGGCCGUGGGUUCGGUCGCGUUUUGCCCAAUGAGGAUCACAUUCCGCCUCCAGCCAUAUACAGUGACCAGGAGUUCCCUUCCUUGAAAUAAAUUUCCAAAACACAAGUGAAGCAGAUUUUUGGAUUAGAAGUAUCUCCCUUGUCAACAUUUGGUUCCCUGAAGGCUAUUAGCAUUGCCCUUUACUUAUUCAUGCUCAUCUUCUCCCCCUUUAAAUAUUCAGCUUUGUAAUCUGGUUCCUUGUAAAAGCAGUUCAAAGACUGAAUUUGUAAUUAUUAUGGCUGUGUGCUGUUUGAGAUCUGAUUGCAAAGCCUUGUACAUGAAUGUUUUGCCAGUGUCACAGUUUCGCGGUUGACAUGACCAAUCGCCUUCAAUAAACCUUGACAAGAGU